AUGGGAGCGGGCUGUGAACUCAGCGAUGUGAGCGUGGGAGGCUCUGGUGACAUGAUGGGGCCUGGGGCCCUCACGCUGCUGCUGCCCGUCCUGCUGGGCUGGGCCAGCUGCCAUCCCAUCCCAGGGAGGAAGAGCUUCCACAAGUUGCUGUUAAUCUCCUUCGAUGGGUUCCGCUGGGACUAUGAUCAGGACGUGGACACCCCCAACAUGGACCACCUGGCCCAGGAGGGCGUGAAGGCCAAGUAUCUCACACCACCCUUCGUGACAAUGACUUCCCCAUCCCACUUCACUACCAUCUCGGGUCGUUGGAUUGAAGAUCACGGAGUCAUUCACAACAUGAUGUUUAACACAGAGACACUCAAGAAGUACUCCUACAAGACCACACAGAACAAGACUGAGUGGUGGGACAAUGGUGUUCUUCCCCUCUGGAUCACAGCCCAGAGACAGGGGAGGAAAACAGCAUCAUUCCACUAUCCGGGGGGAGGCGCCACGUACAAAGGGGAGGCUGUCCAGCGGUCCCUGGUGGAGUCAUACACCCACCCGAACAGCAAUGAGACAGAGUGGAGGGAGAACAUUGAUAUCGUCAUGAACUGGUUCACCAAGGAAGACUUCGACUUCGUGACUCUGUACUACGGAGAGCCAGAUAGUGUGGGACACCGCUAUGGGCCUGAGACAGAGAACAGGAGGGUGAUGAUUCAGCAAAUCGACAGGACCAUUGGGUACCUGGUGGAAGCCAUUGAGAGGUACGGCUUGACAGAGCACCUCAACGUCAUCAUCACAUCAGAUCACGGCAUGACCACCGUGAAAAAGAAGCCCAAUGUCACUGAGAUCCUCCUGACCGACUACAUCAGCUUCCAGGACUUGGUCAAGUUUGAUAUCGUGGACUACGGCGGUUUUGGGAUGCUCCUGCCCAAACCAGGGCAAGAGGAAGUGAUGUACCAAGCACUGAAGAAUGCACACCCUCACCUCAAUGUCUACAAGAAGGAGGAAUUUCCGGAACACUUCCAUUUUGCCAAACACGAGCGGGUCCUGCCAAUUGUGAUGUACGGUGACUCUGGUUAUAGCAUCAGUGGGCAACUUAUAUUAUAUUUUAACAAAGGAGAUCAUGGCUUUGACAAUGUCUAUAUGGACAUGAAGACCAUAUUCAGAGCUUUUGGGCCAGAUUUCAAGAAGAAUCACCUGGCUGAGCCUUUUGACAGCAUCCACAUCUACCCCCUCAUGUGUAAGCUCCUGGGGAUUACCCCUGAGCCCCACAAUGGCUCCCUGGCAGUCACCCAGGAAAUGCUUGUGGACACUUACAACCAGCAGUCAGGUUCAGAUCUGAGGUAUGACUUUAUGAUCUUUGUCCCUCCCAAGAGCCCAUACAUGAAGAUAACGGUAUCUUCUGUGUGCAGACCCUCGAGGUGUUGGAACAGCGAGAAAGAUUACCUGGCCCUCGGCCUGACUGGACGCUCCCCGGGAGCCUUCGCUGCCCCGCCCAGAGGAACCUGGCGCCAAAUCCUGACUCCGCCCACCGAAGCCCGGUCCCGCCCCUUCCCGACCCUGGGCCCGCCUCCCGGGGCCCCCGGCAACGCCUGGGCGGCUGCCUCCUCAGCACCUCCUCUCGCGCCACCUGCUGGCACCGCCUCCUGA